AUGGAAGUCCCUCAACACGAGAUUGACGUCAACUAGUCUAAUCCUAUGAGAAAAAGAUCUUCAUUCCCUUAAAAUACAAGUGAUAUAAGCAAGGCUAGCUUGAAUGAUAAUGAAAAUCAAGGUUUAGCCAGAAUGCAGCAUUUUAACACUGGAUUGAUAAAUGUCAAGACAAAAAGAAGAGGACAGAAUGAUCAGCAAGCUGCCAAAAAUGAAUAAUAGGUAAAUCCUCAAUUUCCAAUGAAAUUAUUUCAGAAUAUUGGAAAUUAAGCGAAUGAGCUUCACCACAUUAUUGCUUGCCCACCAAUGUUUGAAAAAGACUUUAUCUAAAAAACAACAUAUCAUGCUUAUCACUAGAGAAUGCCAAUAAUCCUUUAAAAUUUGAUGUUACUGCGUUUUUAUCUUGUAAUCAGAUUAACGACAAAUCGCUCAAGAUGGACUGAUAUUUCUUCAGAGGAUAGCUGCGAAAAAGAGGGAUUUGAAGCUGAUCUUGCUUUUGCAAUUAAAUCACUACUCAAGGAAAAACCAUUCUUAAUGCUUUUUAUGAACUUUACAUUAAGCAUUUUGUGCUUUGGGUUUUCAGUGAGAUCAUUUGAAAGAGCUUAUUAUGAAGACUAGAGAUUUGAUGAUGAACAAGAUUACUAUCAAAAUUACAAUUACAUUUGGAAUAGUUUUUGGCUUGUCGUAGUAACGAUGACAACUGGUAAAAUAGAUUAACUAAUUGAUAUUUAGUUGGAUUUGGUGAUUUUUAUCCGGUCUGAAUUUACUUUAGCAGAGUAAAAAGCUUUUGAACUACUAAGAAGACUCAUUUAAAAAGAAGAAUUAAAAAGAGAGGCAGCAGCGUUGAUAUCCGCAUGGUGGAGAACAAGAAAACUUAGGAAGAUUUAAUAGAAAAAAUUUUUGGAGUCUAUAGAGUACAAGAAAUUAGGUACAAAGAAAAAUUCUUGGAGAUCUAUUAUUUCAUUAGCAACUUUUGCCUAAGAAAUAUUUAUCAAAAGAAUGUCAUAAUUUUAGAAGGAAAGAUAGAGGGUACUGAGGCAGGGCAUACCAUUAUCUGAAAAUUUGCAAAAAAUCAACAAAUUAAUCGAAAAUCAUCUCAAAGAGCUCAAUAAUGCUAUGAUGACAUUUAGAGAAAUGAGAAAGAACGUGGAAAAACUAAUAAUUGUAAUAGAAAAAGACAGUCAAAGUGUAGACAAUAUCAUGCUAAAUCUUUAAAAUCUUGAUUACGUUCUUAAUAAAAUUGUUUAUCUAAAGGUUCAUGCUCUAAACAUGAUCUUUAAAGACACUAUUGUACUAAAAAAGCAGGAUAUAGAUGAUUAUACAAAGUCAAGAGGCUUGGUUGCUCUCAGAGGCCUUAUGUAAAACGCACUUUAACUAAUUAUGAAAGAAACUUAGCAAAAGUUAUUUGGCUUUCAAUGGGAAAACUCUGAUUAAAAAUAGAAAAAAGAGGAUAAAGAUAACAAAAUGCAAUAAAUAAGUUUUAAUAGUCAGAGCAGAAAGGUAUUGCAUGACAUGAGAGCAGAGAAAUAAUCCUCAGAAUCAAAAAUUCUGCAUUUAGAUAGCGGGGUUCUGUUUGAAAAUAAAGAUAAAAGUUAAAGAUUGGAAUAAAAUAAAUUUCUAUUAGAAAGUUAUUAUGCUUCUCCAGUAAAUCCAUUUAAUUUAGUUAAUAACUCCAAAUCUAAUCAAUAAAACAAUAUUACACCGUAGCUAAAAGGAAUUUCAUCAUCAAUCGAAGAGGAGAUUUAAAAUGAAGAAAAAUUUUAAAUAAUGAGAGAUUAAAAUAUUCAAAAACAAUCAGCUAUAACAAUUAUUGACUAAGAGGAUCAAAGUUAUAAGCUUGGUUCUUUGAGGGAUUAUAAAUAGAAAGGAAAGAAAACAAAAAAUAAAGUUAUUGAGAUUCAUGAAGAGAUAUUUGAAACAUAGUAAAAUUUAUUCAAAUAGGAUGAAAAUGCUUCAAGACAAAUAGUUUAAGAUGAACAGAAAAUCAUCUUGAAACAAUUAAAAAUUGAGAAUUUUAGGCCUAGUUAAGUAUUGCCACCGGCUGAGAUUCAUUAGUAGAACCUUGAAGGUAAAGAUUCAAUUUGUGGAAAUGAUUAGGAUGAAGCAUAAUAGAUCAUAAAUGAUGAAUUAAGGCUAAGUCAGAAUAUUCUAAGAGAUGAAAGUGGAAAUAACAGUAGCAAAACUGAGAAUAAUUAUUCAAGCAUAUAUACUGAAAGUAAAAACGAAGAGACUUCUGGCUCUCGAAAAAAAUCCUCUGUUGACUAGGGUUCUGAUUAAAAGUUAAAUAUUACUAAUUCUAACGAUACUUCCUAAAUCAAUGAGGAUAAUUCUUUGACUGAGAAACCAAUUGAAUAAAUACUUUAAAAAGCAGUGAGAUUGUCAGUUAAGCAUUCUGAGAAUGAUUUGAGUAGCCUGCAAUUACCAAGAUCAUCACUCACUCAAAAGUUUUACGGAGUUUAGGAUCAUCCUUACCAUGCUAUAGAUUAAAAUUGGAAACCAAUUUAAAUGAAGGAAAAGUAAUAAAUGGAGAAGGAGAUCUAAAGAAAAUUAAUACAAGAUAGAUUGAAAAUAUCCGGCUAGUGGAUGCAAGAAAAUCUACCUAGUAUUUUUGAAGAUGCCAUGAUCAAUAUGAUGCAGAGAAAUUUAGAAUAUUAAAAAAAAUUUACACAGUAAUAUAAAAGAUGA